GGCGCAGAGGAGCCCAGUCGCUCUCCCUGAUGGACUUACACUGGAUUAAUCAACUCACCUCACUUUAUUUAUUUGCAUAUUUAUGGUUUUUCUACUAUCUUGAGCCCUGAAUGCGGACGUGGAGCACUAUGCACUCCAGAGUGAAGUCACGGAGCUGCGAUAAUUACCUGAGUAUAAAGGACUCGGAGUCGUUGGACCGCUGCAUUCGGAGCGUGUUAUCGGCUCUGUAUCCUCCGUUCAGCGCCUCGGCGGCCACAGUCCUGUGGCAGCUCUUCAGCGUCGUGGAGAGACAGUACCGCGGAGACGGCCUGCGCUGCUUCAUUGACUUCCUGCUGCCCGCUAAGAGAAUCCUGCAGACAAUAACACAGGAGGCCUGUCUGCGAUUCAAAGGCCUGUUGCUGUACCACGAGGGAUGGCCGCUGUGUUUGCAUGAGAAGGUGGUUCUGCAACUCGCACCCCUGCAUAAAGUACGUCUACGGCAGGGAGAUUUCUACCUGCAGGUGGUUCCCUUAGGCCGCAAAGCUGCCAAACUGGUCAUAAAAUGCCUGUCAGGGAGCGGGCAAGCCAUUGUGGAGAUCCCUGUGGCCGAGAGCAUGUACGGCAGCAUGUUCACACCCGACUUCUUGCAGAAUGUAAUGCGUGAACGCAACCUGCACCCUCUCCAGAACUGCCUCCUCAGUACCGGUGCCGUGGUUUACCGAACGCCCUGGAAGAACGUGGUCAAUCCUUUGUUUGUGACCAGCACCGCAGACGCAAUCAUGCAGGCGCGGAGCAGCGGCGAGACCCUGCGGGGUCAACUCAGUACCUGCAGCACCCACGGAUCCACGGGAACGCUCAGUUCACGAGACUCCCUGGGCGCUGAGUCCACCGUGUCCGAGCCAGUCCUCAGCCGGAGCCUCACAGAUAUGGGCAUCAGCUCCCUGCACUCAGAGGAUUCGCCCUUGCAAAAGAGUCCUAACUCCCUUCCCCAGACACCCACCUUGGGCAGCCCGGAUCAGGGAUGCAUUCGAGGCAGAAUCGGCCACAAAAUCCUCUCGUUUAGCACAGACCUUAGCAAUCCCGGCCUUCGCAAGCGGCAUCCCAGAGACUCUGCUGCCUUCGAGUCUCGCCGGCUUUUCCGAAAGUCCUACAUGGAGGCUUUGCAGAACCCUAUGAACCUUGGCUCCAGCUCUGAAUCAAUUCUUGAGGAAGGGGCAGAGUCGGAGCCAGGAGCGCCUCGCGGAUCUGGCCCGAAGGAGCCGAUCCCUCGGAGAAUCUGUGUUCGUGGAUGGCUGGGAGGAGAUGAAUCAUGCAAUGAUUCUCCUGCCGUCCAUCCAUCCAAGAGCGCCGAGCUCAGUCCGGGCGAGAGACGCUCCAAAUCUCUUGAACGUACCAACAAGGCCUUGCAGGUUAAAGGCCACCGGGCUCGGUCGUCUUCCGGUGGAUCCGGUAGUGGCCUUCCCAAGAAACUUAUGAAUGGUUAUGCAUUUCGUUUUGGAAAAUUGGACUUGGAGGCGGCCUUUCCUGGCAUUGAGAAACGGAGCAACAAAGAGAACUCAGGUCUCUGUGAUGACGGUCUGCACUCGAGCCCCACGAGGAACAGGAACAGCGGCGAUGAGUUUGUUUCCAGCAGAUCGGCCGUGUCUCCAGCGCUGCCCUCGCUCAUCACACACCUCAACCAGGAGCUGCUGACCUCCGGUGCUCUGACGCUUCCCGGUAACCAGGACCGCGGCGGCAGAGCUGUGCUGCAGGUGUGCAGCAGGAGCCAAGUGUGGACAGAUGCAGCUUUCACCACAAACCAGAUCAGCGAGCUGCUGUGCUACUUCUGCGGCAGACUGCGGAGGGAGAAGAGAGGCCUGGGUUUGACGGUUCUCAUCGACGCUCGCAGGCAGCCGGUCACGUCUGCGCUCUUCACGGCUCUGUCUGAGCUUCAGACUCUCGUACCCAAUGUGCUUUACUCGGUUUUGAUUCUGGUGGACAGAGACGCAGCAGUGAAAGUGGAGCGAGACGUCUCAGUUCCUUGUGAAGUCUUGACGUCUCUGAAAGCUCUGCAGAAGCACAUCGACCCGUCGCAGCUCACCAGAGACUUUGACGGCAGCUUCCCAUACGAGCACAGCCACUACAUUCACUUCAGACAGAAAAUCGAAGCGUUUGCCGCGAGCUGCAGCGCUGCCAUCGCUUCUCUUCAGAGCUCCAUCGAGACGCUGAACAACAUCGGCAGCCUGGAGACGUCUGAGGAGGUGUCAGAGGUCAUCAGCCAGCAGAAGAGUCUCAUGAAGAGCGUUCUGGACGACACCAAACUCAACCGCCUGCGUCUGGAGGGCGGCACCUUUCUGGCCCGCAUCCGGAAAGAGGAGAUGUGUGAAAACGAGAACUACAGGGACGCUGUGGAUCUGGUCGGUGCGCUGUAUAACCAACUGGAUGAAGAGGUUCAUAAACUGGUCAUUCUGUCUAAUAAAUCCCUGCAGCAGCUGGAGAAGCUCCUGGAGCUGCGUGUUUUACAGGAGAGACACCAGGAGGUUAAGAGGUGGUUUUAUGUGGAGAGUGAGAAGCAUUUGGCUCCUCUGGACUCCUACAGUCUCUCUCUGAGCUGCAUUCAGGACAUGAGACAGAGUCUGGCCCAGUUCAUGGAGGAGUCCACCGAACAGCAGAAGAAAGCCGCAGCGUUACUGAGGGAGUCUGAAGCAGGUCCAGCUCUUCUGGAGGUCAAAGAGCACAUCAGCUCCGUCCUGCAGCGCAGCGAAACUCGCAAACACGAGCUGGACGUUCUGCUCAACCUCUACGAGUUCUACGAAUCGGCGAAGCAGUGGAUGGAGCACUGUCAGGAGUAUUUCUGUCAGCUGAGGCUGGAUGGAGACGCGCUGGGUUUGACGCCGGCUGAGCUGCAGGUCCUGCAGGACUAUCACAGCGAGGCCACAAAGUUCUCUCUGGAGAACUUCAGCUCGCUCAACCAGACGGUGCUGAAGCUGGACAGCGAGCGGGAGCAGCAGCGCUGGAGCAGUGUCUGGCAGCAGUGCCAGCAAACCAGACAGCAGCUGGAGGAGACGCUGGACAGAGCCGAGACCGUAUCGAAUCCUGCGGAGACUCAGAACGGACUGGACUCCUCUGAGGUUCCUGCUCUGAACUCUUCUUCGCCUCCGUGUUUUGAGGAUGAAGAUGAGAAGCCACACUCAGCAGGUCCGUUUUCCAGAAGCCAGUUCCCGUUUCCCCCGUCUGCGUUUGAGGACACUGACAGCGACUGCACCGUCGACUCGUCCGCCUCGUGUCACUCGGAGCCGCUGCAUUCACCGGCGACGCGCCUCCUCAAGCAGCCGCUCAAGAAGAUCAUGAAGAAGACACUGAGCUACGAGCUGCCGGCACGGGACAGAGCUCCUCAUGGCUACAGCGGCGUCUGCAUCCGAGGACUGGAGGUCUCCAAUAACGCCAAGAACCCGGCGCUGGGCCGCAGCCGCAGCAUGUCGUCCCCGUCCCGCGCUCAGUGCAGACACAGUGACACAGACACCAAGAGACACAGCGGUAAAAUCCAGCACAUCAUGGACGAGAUGAUCUCCACCGAGAGAGAGUACGUCAGAUCCCUCAGCUACAUCAUCCAGCACUACUUCCCUGAGAUGGAGCGACUGGACCUUCCUCAGGACCUCCGAGGGAAGCGCAGCAUCAUUUUUGGGAAUCUGGAGAAACUGUGCGACUUUCACAGCCAGUAUUUCCUGACGGAUCUGGAGAGCUGCGCUCAUUCACCGCUGUCCAUCAGCAGCUGCUUCCUCAAACACGAGGAACAGUUUGGGAUGUACGCCCUGUACAGCAAAAACAAGCCGCGCUCAGACGCUCUGCUGACGAGCCACGGAAACAGUUUUUUCAAGAACAAGCAGCUGGAGCUGGGCGAUAAGAUGGACCUGGCGUCGUACCUGCUGAAGCCCAUCCAGAGGAUGAGUAAAUACGCUCUGCUCCUGAAGGAUCUGAUCAAGGAGUGCGAUCAGUCUCAGGAGCAGGAGCUGGCUGACCUCAGAACAGCGCAGGAGAUGGUCAGGUUCCAGCUGCGCCACGGGAACGACCUGCUGGCCAUGGACGCCAUCCGCGGCUGUGACGUCAAUCUGAAGGAGCAGGGUCAGCUCCGCUGUCAGGACGAGUUCAUCGUUUGGUGCGGACGCAAAAAAUACCUGCGCCACGUUUUCCUUUUCGAGGAUCUCAUCCUCUUCAGCAAGACCAAGAAGAUUGAAGAAUUAGUCAAUCUGAAGGAGCAGGGUCAGCUCCGCUGUCAGGACGAGUUCAUCGUUUGGUGCGGACGCAAAAAAUACCUGCGCCACGUUUUCCUUUUCGAGGAUCUCAUCCUCUUCAGCAAGACCAAGAAGAUUGAAGGAGGAUACGACAUCUACAUCUACAAACAGUCCUUCAAGGUACAGAAUACGAGUCUGGUGUCAGACCGCAGAGUGAGUUUUGUGAGAUGA